CAGAAAAAAAUAAUUUCUCAGUUUUUAAUUGUAUUGAAGUGAUUGUGAUUGAUUUUUAUAUUUAUUUUUAUUUUGCAUAAUAAUAUUUAGGUGUUGUUAGUACCUCCAUUUUAAACCAUACAAAUACCCAGCAUCCAUCAAUAUAGAACAAUGAGUUCAUUUUUAUUGGUCCUUAUCAAAAAUACCGCAAUGUUUGCUAUUUAUCAGAAUUUCACGCACAAUAUCGAGAUUGUUCACAUUUAUUAUAAGCAAAAAUAUUCCUUUUGAAAAAAAAAAUGUUUUUACUCGAACCACGGGUAUAUUUGGCACGCGAGUAUGGAUAUAUUUGUGUGUGUAUUGUGUAUCUAUGUGUUGUAUAUGUAUUGAAUCGAAUUUAUACUAAAAUUUCGUAAAAUAUAUUAGAUAUGAAAUUUGGAUAUUGAUUGAAAAUAUAAUGUUUUUCUUUAAUUCUGAAGUAGAAAGUAGUGAAGAGACAUGUCAGAAGACUUCAGAUGAGGGUCCAGAUGAGCUCAUACGGCGACUCAAAAGUUUGGCACUUACUCUACAAACAAUGAGUCAAGAUGAGAACAAAUAUCAGGCGUAUAUACCAUUGGCAUUGCAUCUAGUUGACGAUUAUUUUCUAACACACUCAUCACGUGAUGUUCAGUUGUUGAUUGCAUGCUGCUUUGCUGAUGUGUUGCGUGUAUAUGCACCCGAAGCACCAUACAAAGAAACCGAUCAAGUGAAACUGAUUUUCAUGUUUCUCAUUCGUCAACUGGAAGGUUUGAAAGAUCCCAAAGAUCCGGCAUUCAAGCGAUAUUUCUAUCUCUUGGAGAAUUUGGCUUAUGUGAAAUCAUUCAACAUGUGCUUCGAAUUGGAGGAAUCUCAAAACAUUUUCUGCAGCCUAUUCAGCCUUUUCUUUAGAAUUGUAAACGAUGAGCACAGUGGCAAAGUGAAAUCUCUCAUGUUGGACGUUUUGUCGCCUCUCAUUACGGAGCCAGAUAACGUUUCAUCACAAUUGUUCGACAUCAUUCUUAUCGAGAUAGUUGAGCCACAAAAGUCUUCAAAAAAGAACGCUUAUCAUCUAGCUAAAGAAUUGAUCAUCAAAACAAAAGAGACUAUGGAACAGUAUAUUCAACAGUUCUUUAAUCAAGCAUUGGUCAUGGAUAAGGUCAAUAAAACCUAUCAAAUAUCAUCGAGAAUCUACGAUUUAAUUUAUAAAUUGAAUGUCAUAUUUUCAAGUAUUUUACUGCAAGUAUUGCCACAGCUUGAAUGUAAACUAAAAUCCGGAACCGAAUCUGAACGUUUGAAGGCUGUUACAUUGUUGGCACGAAAGUUUUCGGAGAAAAAUGCAACGCUUGUGAAACAGUACAGUGCUUUAUGGCGGCAAUUUAUUCAACGUUUCUGUGACAUUGCCGUUCCGAUUCGUGUAAAAUGUGUUCAAAGCAGCAUGCAUUUUUCGAUUAAAGCAUUUAUUGAAUUGCAAAAGAAUCGAUUGAAAUUACAACGCGCCAAAGAACUUACACCAAAAAUUCAAAAAGAAAUGUGUCAAGAAAUUUUCAAACAACUACCGGACCCAGUGAAAGCACAAGAAUUUCUGCAAAAGUUCAGUGCACAUCUACGUAAAGACGUUAAUUUGUUGCGCGAUAUGGAGAUAAUUUUGAGAGGUGAUGUAUCAUGUCGAGAGUGUGCUGAUACA